CCGAUAUCCUGGAGACACUGCAAAACAACACAGCCCUUCACUCCGCACCCAGUUGAAUUUGGAUCAGAUUUGAAAGCCCCGGAGAGAGGUCCAGCAACCUUUUGCAGAGGUUCUUCUUUGCUGAAAUGACAUUCCUUCUCGAGCCAUAAACUGAGAAAGUGGGAUCUGGAAAGGAAACGUGCUCCGGGGGGACUUAUUUCUAUGCUGCACGUUUUUUUUUGUGUGUAUGUGUGUCUUAGGUUUUGAAGAAUACUUCUGUUGAGUGCUGCAUGAUUCUGUAUGUGCUGAAAAUGCGAAGGCCUUUUUCAGUUUUUGGCAGACACUGAGUGCAGCACACUGCUGUGUGAAGGAGGUUUGUGUGCACCAACCUUGAGGCCCCAGGGAAUGUGCUAUGACAUCAGCGGUGGUGGAGACUGGAGGCCUGGUGUUUGACUUUGCCAGUAAUGGAAUGGAGACCCAUCAGCAACAGGAGGCAGAAAAGGGUCCAGGCUACCCUGCAGUGAUUGUGGAGCCAGUUCCAAGUGCCAGGCUUGACCAGGGCUAUGCAGCACAAAUAUUGGUCUAUAAUGAUGAAACUUAUUUGAUGCAAGAUGUAGCGGAAGAGCAGGAAAUUGAAACAGAUUCAUCAGAAACAGUCGAAGCAUCGGUCCAUAGCAGUCAUGUCCACUGUACAGAUAAGACAAUUGAGGCAGCAGAGGCAUUACUCCAUAUGGAUUCUUCAGCCAGCCUGAGGGAUGACAAGAAUAGUGUCCAGGUAUUCGUGCCCCCCUGUGUGUCGACCCCGGAAUUUGUCCAUGCUGCCAUGAGGCCUGACGUGAUCACGGAGACAGUAGUGGAAGUGUCGACAGAGGAGCCUGAGCCAAUGGACACGUCUCCUGCGUUACCAAUACUAGAAACCCCAGAGCCAACCAAAAAGAAGAAAGCUGGUCGAAAACCAAAGAACCAGCAGUCUGAGUUGCCUAAUAGUCCGUCGGAACUGUCUGUGAAAAAGAAGGCUAGAGAAGGGAAGGGGAACACUACUUACCUCUGGGAGUUCCUUCUCGACUUACUGCAAGACAAAAACACCUGUCCGCGGUACAUCAAGUGGACUCAGCGGGAGAAGGGCAUCUUCAAGUUGGUUGACUCGAAGGCAGUUUCCAAGCUUUGGGGCAAGCACAAGAACAAGCCAGACAUGAAUUAUGAGACAAUGGGUAGGGCACUAAGGUAUUAUUACCAAAGAGGGAUCCUAGCCAAGGUGGAAGGGCAACGCUUGGUCUACCAAUUCAAAGAGAUGCCCAAAAACCUUGUAAUUAUUGAUGAAGACAAAACUGAUCCCAGUGGUGGAUCCUAUCCAUCUGAAAUACGAACUGAUGCAACCGGUAACUUAUCUGAGGUGAUGUCUCCGUCCUCAGAACAUGUCACCUCUCCCGUUUCCUCAAAAAUGAUGGCGGUUUCACGAGGGGCGCGGCACACCGCCCAGCAGAGUGUUGUGAAGUUGGGGAGGGCCACAACAGUGAAAGUCUCGUCAUCUGGUCACGGUGGAGUCUUAUCGCAGGUGUCUCCAACUUCCCUUCCUGUAGUAACCACAACAGUUCCAAGCAGCAGCAGAGCUGUUUGUGUUGCAAUGCAGGUGCCUGUUGUCAUGACCUCUUCAGGCCAGAAGUUUUCAACAGUGGCUGUUCAGUCAAUGAACCCAGUUUCAACUGUAAUAACCAGCACAAACACAACCAUCUCUACUCCAAAGGUUCUUAUCCAAACUAUCCCUACAAUGGUGCCCGCAACUACAGUAGAGAAUGGAGACAAAAUCACUAUGCAGCCAGCAAAAAUCAUCACCAUCCCUGCCACACAGAUCACCCAGUGUCACUUACAGACAAAGUCGGGUUUGGCGACAACUGGUAGUAUUAACAUCGUUGGUUCACAGGCAGCUAUCCGGGCUCUUUCACCUAUGUCAAUAGCAGGAGGGACACCUGUGAUGAGACUAGCAGUGCCUGCCCAGCAGUCAACAGGUCAGAACCCUGCUCGAGUUAUUACUGCUGUCAUCAAAGGGGCGGAGGUCAAGCCAGAAAGCACAGCUACAAAGGUGGGAGCAGAUCUUCAUAGUCUGCCUGUGAUUAAGGAAGAGCGUUCAGUGGAGGGUAGCAAGACUGUGACUCGCUGGGUGGUUGUCAGUGCACCCUCAGCCAUUGCCCUCCCAUUAACAAUGAAAACAGAGGCAGAAGCCACAGUGACUGGGGAAAAAUAAUGGUAUAGCUGUUGGGAGGCAAAAGGUUGCCUCAAGACUUUAAGAGGAAUGUUUGUUUUCCAGCAAACUUUUCUCUCCCAUCCCGUUCUUCACAGUGGGACUUGAGCCACAUCAACAAAUGCUGACGAAGAAACUCUGAAUAGGAACAAAUGAGAUUUCAGUGAAUUGAUAUGCAAUUUAAAUGCAUAUUGAUCUAAAAGAAGGGACCACAUGUUUCACUACAUUUUCUAUGUACACUACAGAAUUCUGGAAACACUAAUAUCUUGAUGACUGAUUUGGAAUGUUUCUCUGAAAAUUGCAUAAGCUUUAAAGCGCCAGUGCUAUCAAGAAUUUGUGACCUGCUCCUAUCGGACAACUUCAUUGUAAGGUCCUGGCUAUGUAUUGUACUGGAAGUCUUGAGCUGAAAUGUAAUCUGGUCAUCUUUAUUGAGACUGUUCAAAAAAUUAGUCACUGAUAUUUUGGGCAGAAAACUGUGAGGCUUUCUAACCUAACCGUCCAAUCUCAUCUGGUUUUGUAUUACAAAUAUAAAACUAAUAAGCUUGAAGUUUGUGUAUAACUCAUUUGUCCAUUUUAAGAGCUAUGUCCAUCAUUCUUUAAUUUAAAGCUCUCAAAUGUUCUUUUCCACGACAUUAUAUAUAGUACCCCUUCAAUCCCCUUUGGGUACGAAUUUUCUAUAACCAGGAAUCGGCCAUACAGCUCUUUGCUUAAAAUUAAUAUUAUUUUUAAAGAAUUUAAUUUAAUUUUUGAAGAAAUUCUGACAUUAAACUUUCAUUUGUAAAAUGGUUCAUGUAUGUGUUGCAGAAUCAUGAUGUAAUUGGAACUGCUGACAGACAGUCAGCAUAUGGCUAGCCAGAACCUUGCAAUCCUGAAGAUUGUUAAAUUGGUUCCUUGCAAACAAGUUGCUCGGUCUUUCAAACUUUAUGCUGCAUAUCGUAUUUCAGAUGCAUAUCAUCCUUUGCUUAAAUAACACCAUGUGCACAGUACUUUUAUUUCUACUGGUGCUAAGCAAAUUCUCUUAUUUAAAAAAAACAACUGUAUUGAAUGUGAAGGACUAAGUUGAAAUAGAAGUUACUGCUUUUAUUUGGAGAGGGGGGAGGUAUGAUGGUGUAUUUUUAGUAUUUGUAUAAUUACAGUUAGUGAGCAAUGUUAAAAGACAGCUCGAGUUUUUCCAUUUAAAAAAAAUUAAGCUAUGUAAGAACUAGCUUCUUUUUUUGUUUAAAGCUCUUUUUAAUCUUACAAAAACACAGUAUUGUUAUGGAGUAACAUGUUAUUUUAUGAUAGUUAGAGCCAGCCAGGUACAUGGUUUGUGGUCAAGUGAUAGACCUUUGGCUAUAAUCUCUUUUUUUUAAUAAUGCCUGUGUCACUUUGCCUUGGUGUAUGUAUAAACAUUUUUGCUUUUUUCAAUGCAACUUCAAGGUCAUGUUCAGUCAAGCUUUGUGCAAUGAGCAGUUUUUCUUCCAGGUAAUUCUAAACCUGAUGACUUCAGUUAAAGAGGAAGCCUUGCCAUCAGGACCCAUCAUCUUUUUGAAAAUGAAAAUUAUUACAAGAAAUCAUAAUUAACAUCCUUUUUGUUCCAUCAAUUUUUAUGUUUUGUUUACACAGUGAUGAAGAACAGUUUUUAUGUUUGGUAGGGGAUUUAUGGUAUUGGUUAGGACAGGUAUUGAGCCUGGCCGUAAAGACAGAGGUACCAUUAAGGGCCAGAGCAUAGUUGGGUUAACGUUCAGCCAUUGCUAUUCAGCUCUGACAUGGAACUAAGUCCCUUGGAUCCUGGUACUGGAUUUGGAUUUCAUCAGUACUUGCUGUUCAAUAGGAUUCAAAUCUGAAACAAAUGGACCAAAACUAGAUGCUAAACCCUCCGCAUCCACCUGCUUUUUAAAACUGGAUUCUGGUAUCGAAACUCCGUCCUUAAUGAUUACUGAGGGAGAUUACCAGUGUUCUGACUGAAAAAUGUUUGUACAGUUUCAACAUUUGAAGUAUAUUCUAUUUUGUUGUACUCUUGUUUCAAAGUGUAUUCAAGUAGAUUUUACCAAAAUAUAAGUGAAUCCUGUUUUGAUUGUGCUUUGGUAAAGAAAUACAAAGUAAAUCUCA